UGCCUGUCAAACUUACGUGUAGCUGAUUGUAAUGUAGUGCCUUGGUCAAUUACCUCAAGGAGUUUAAUUUUCAUUGAAGAAAAAGAAACUUUCUCACACACUUUUCUUGUCAGUUUCAUUAAUUUAACAUUACAUGUGUCCUAUAGUAGUGGAACUGGACAAGUCAAAGAGCACAGCUUUGGAUUCCUAGUGCCAUGCGUUUCAGGUGAAUCCCUAACAGAGAAAAAGAGAGUCAUGAAUUUCGACAAAAAAGAAAGCUGAAGAAUGAAAUAGCAUAUUCUGGACUUACAACAUGGAUGAAUCAGGUCUGAUGUUGGAUCCGACAACAAACUACUCAUUGUGGAAUUACACAGGACUCUGGAAAUCUAUUCACACAAUGCCCAGCAUGCACCUUCCAAGAGGACAGAUUCUCCUAAAAGACCUAAUAGGAAUUCUCUUAAUGGUGAGCUUGAACAUUGUAGCUCUCCUCGCCAACACUGCUGUGAUAGUAGUCAUCAUAAAGGUUCCACACUUGAGGAAAUUUGCUUUUGUUGGCCACCUGUGUAUUGUGGACCUGCUCAGUGCCGUGUUGCUGAUGCCUCUGGGAAUUGUGUCCAGCUCACCCUUCUUCAGCUUUGUGGAUUUCACCAGACAGGAGUGCCAGGUGUACAUUUGCAUGAAUGUGUUCCUCAUCUGUGCCUCCAUCCUCACUAUCACCACCAUCAGUAUUGAGAGAUACUAUUACAUUGUCCACCCAAUGAGGUAUGAAGUAAAAAUGACACUGAGUCUAGCUGUCACGGUUAUAGUCUUCAUAUGGGUGAUGUCUGUCAUAUUGGCUCUCACAGCCCUCUUUGGUUGGCCAGUAUACGGGUUCCAGGGUUACAUAAGCGCAGCUCACUGCUUCCUGUACUGGAGCCAGCGCAGUCACAGGAAGAUGUACGCCAUUAUCUUCAGCUUGGUGUGCUUCUGCCUCCCAGCUGUGGUGAUCUUCACCGUUUACUGUAACGUGUAUAAGGUGGCUCGAGUGGCAGCCUGCCAACAUAGCUCUCUGCCUACCUGGGUAAUCAAUCUGAAGCAUCGUUCAGACUCCAUCAACAGCCAGACCACUAUCAUCACCACACGAAACAUUCCCCGCCGGUUGACCCGGGAAAGGAUCUUUGGCGGUAGCAAAGCAGCCAUCACCCUCAUCAUCAUCGUGGGCCAGUUUCUACUUUGUUGGUUGCCUUUCUUCUCCUUGCACUUGCAUCUGUCUCUCAGCGCACCGGUCUUGAGGUUCGGGGAGCUGGGGGUGGUGAUCACCUGGCUGGCCUACUCCUCCUUUGCUGUCAAUCCCUUCUUCUAUGGACUCCUUAACCGGCAGAUCCGGGAGGAGCUUCUCAAGCUGCGGAGGUGCUACAGCACACAGCACAUGGAGCGUGUGGCGUCUAGCCAUGAAGGCUCUGUUCAGGAGAACUUCCUGCAGUUCCUGCAAAGGACUAGUUGCACUGCAGAGACUCGAUCCAGCUGCAUCAUAUCCAGUCCCCGGAACACGUUGGACCAAACCAUGCCGAGCUUCAGGAUCCCAGGGCAGAUUCCAGAGGACAUCAACUAAAUAUCAUAUGACUUUACCCUAAACUAUUUAGCUUAUAAGGAGAAUUUAGCUUAUAAGCUUAUAAUGUUAUUGCUUUCCUCCAGGUCAAGUCAAAAUGUCAUAGUCACAAUACAUCAGCCAAAUUUGUAAGUUGCAGAAAAAGCAGGAAGCCAUAUAUACAAUGAAUACAAUUGUACAUUUGUGUACCUUGUAUUUCUUAUGAACCUUGCUGUGCUAAAUUCCAGGCCUUGGGACAAAAAUUACUUCAUUGGGUCCCUCUAACAAGCUGAAGCAGCCCCAGCCUGAAAUUCUUAGAUACCAUGAAUUAUUUAGUGCUUGUUUAAAUCCCACACUUUUCUGAUGAGGCACUCUUUCCUCCAUAGGAAGUGUCCAGUUUUCCAGGGAAACACCAGCAACUUUGACCACUGGAAUAUCAAUUUGUUAAGCAAAAUACAUUUUUGUACAGUUUACAAACUGUCUCAAUAGGUCCAUUUCAUUCUAUGAAGAAUCUUGGUGACCUGUUAACACCAGAUAAAAAUGACGUUAGUGCUGAACUGGACUGAAUGAAAUUAAAUGAUAUUGAUUCUUUC